AUGUCAAUUCCUCAAACACCGUCCGACUAUGAAGCCGAAAGGCCCCUCCUGGAUGGGGGUGCAGAGCCCGAAUACGGAGCAACGUCCGAGCCCGGGUCUACGCGACCGGCCGAGCGCCGCUCGUUCGCACGCAAUCUAGGCACCAUCGAAGCAUUUGGCAUCGUCAUCAGUAUUGUGAUCGGAAGCGGAGUGUUCACGUCGCCGGGUGCCAUCGACACCAAUGUUCCAUCGCCAGGAGCCGCACUCAUCGUAUGGCUGGUCGGCGGAAUCCUGGCUUGGACGGGAGCCAGUACGAUGGCGGAGCUGGGGACUGCAAUCCCCGGUGAAGGUGGAGUGCAGCCAUAUCUGCAAUACAUCUUUGGUGAUGUCUUCGGCUUCCUGGCGGCAUGGACCUGGAUCGUGGCCGUGAUGCCGGCAACACUCGCCAUUCUAAGCAUUGUUUUUGUGGAGAGUAUCUUUUCGGCAGCUGGCGUUACCGAUCAGGCGGGCAGCAUCGGCCAUAAGAUAUUAUCGAUUCUGGUGCUGGUCGCGGUCAGCGUGGCCAACUCGAUCAGUACCAAGGUUAGCACCCGAUUGAACGGCUUCUUCGUCACGACCAAGUUUAUCGCCAUCGGAGCCAUCGUGAUAGCCGGAAUUGUAGUGGUCAUCCUUCAGCUGUCCGGAAUCAAUCGCGAUGCCAGACCAAGGGACUGGCACACCAAACCGUGGUUCGGGUUCAGGGACACCGUAACCCCCGACGGAAGUCUGAUUGACUGGAGCCAAUUGCACGGCUGGGAAAUCCUGGGCCACUACUCAGCGGCGCUGUAUGGCGCCCUGUGGGCUUAUUCUGGCUGGGAUAAGGCCAUCUACGUGUCGGCGGAAUUGUCGGCGCCGGCCCGUCAACUCCCUUUGGCCAUCAAUACGGCAGUUCCGAUCAUCAUUCUUUGUUUCAUCGCAGCAAAUGCAGCAUACUAUAUUCUCCUUCCAUGGAAUGUGGUUGCGACGACCGAUAGCGUGGCCGUGACUGCCAUCACCCUUCUCCUGGGCCGUGGAUUUGGUAUCCUCGCUGCAAUUAUAAUCUGCUUGGUUGUUGCCGGCUCGCUUCUCGGAAAUUCCUUCGUGGCCGGGCGCAUGGUUGUCGCGGCUACGAAUCUGAACUGGCUUCCCCGGUUCUUAGGUUUCGUUGGGCAUAUUGGCAUCAAAUCAAACGAGUCAAGCAACGACACUGCCGACGACGACGACACCUCGACCUCCCGCAGAUCCGAUGCACCGAUCAAUGCUAUCAUCCUGUCCACCGGACUCCCGAUUCUUUACAUUCUGUUCGGCAAUUUCCGAGCGUUGCUGACGUUCAACGGACUCGGCGAAUAUACCUUCUUCUUCCUGACCGUUCUGGGAGCCAUUGUUCUGCGUUUCAGAGAGCCAGGGCUUCAUCGUCCCUAUAAACCCUUCAUUGUGAUUCCGGCUAUCUUCGCGUUGGUUAGUGGAUUUGUUGUUGUGAGGGGAGCAGUUUUUGCUCCCUGGCAAGCUAUCAUUUUGAUCGUGGUUUGGCUUCUUGGAUUUGGUUUCUAUUCGGUUUCUAGACGAUGGAGGGAACCUAGAGAUGCGUGA